AAAGCUGAGCUUAAGUGAUCUUACGUUUGCUGUCCUCGGCUUAUUUUUUUAACGUUCCACACUUCAUUACACUUUCAAUCACCCCUCUCUCUCUCUCUCUCUCUCUCCGCGACUCUCUUUAUCUCUCCUCUCUUUCUCUCUCUCCCCCCGGGAGAAAGCCAAACCCAAACGCACUUGUUCUUCCAAAAGCAAAUCGAGUAAAUAUCAGCUUCCCCACCAGCCAUACCGAAACCCUAUCUGCGAUCAUCUUCAAAAGGAACUCUCUUCUCAUUCUCAAUAAUUAUCUCUCAAUGUUGGUUGGUUUGUAGAAUUUCGGCUUAGGAAUCUGGCAGAUUGUACUCGACAACUACGAAAUCUAAACCAUACGGGGGGAGAGAGGGAGAUUUGGUAGAGGGAAGAAGAAGAAGAACUUCCGAGAACUCUUUCAGUUGUUAAAUUGAUUUUCGCCUUUAUCCUUUUUGGUUUCUGCACAUAUAUAUAUUUAUAUAUAUAUAUUUUACAUUUUGCUUUUGCUUGCUGGGGUUUGAUUCCAUGGCUGCGGUUGCUAAAAUGUCUGCUGAGCCAGCAACUGCGAAGAACUCGAAUUCGAAUUCAACUUUGGAUUCGGAUUCGAAGUCGGAGUUUCAGCGAGACGUGCAGAAGCUUGUCGAUAUGUUGUCAAAAUUGAAUCCCUUGGCGAAAGAAUUCUUUCCAUCUUCCUACGCUCAUGAUCGCAAUCAAAAUAACGAUCAGUUGGCAAAUAACAAUUUCUUACCACCGAGUAAGCAAUCGGGAGAUGAUGGGUUUCCAAACAAUCGGAGGAGAAGAAAUAAUUGCAACCAGGGGAGGAGGAGGUUGAAUGGAAGAUCUUUUAGAGCUCAGCGAGAUGAUAGUAUUCGGCGCACUGUAUAUGUUUCCGAUAUUGAUCAACAAGUCACUGAAGAGCGGCUUGCUGCCUUAUUUAUUGGGUGCGGACAAGUUGUUGAUUGUCGAAUUUGUGGCGAUCCUCAUUCAGUUCUUCGAUUUGCAUUUGUAGAGUUUGCUGAUGAGCAAGGUGCAAGGGCAGCUUUAAACCUUGGUGGGACAAUGAUGGGCUAUUAUCCAGUUAGGGUCUUACCUUCAAAAACUGCUAUCCUCCCUGUGAAUCCUACAUUCCUUCCAAGGUCAGAAGAUGAACGAGAAAUGUGUGCUAGGACGGUGUAUUGUACAAACAUAGAUAAGAAGGUUUCUCAAGCCGAUGUCAAGAACUUCUUUGAAACUGCUUGUGGUGAGGUUUCUCGCCUGAGGCUGUUGGGGGAUCAUGUCCAUUCAACACGUAUAGCUUUUGUUGAAUUUGCAAUGGCAGAAAGUGCCAUUGUUGCACUAAAUUGCAGUGGGCUGGUUCUGGGAACCCAACCUGUCAGGGUAAGUCCUUCAAAGACGCCGGUGAGGCCUCGGGUUCCUCGCCCAAUAUUGCACUAACUUGGGCAUUUGAGUUCAAGAAGAAUGGCUCUUGAAUGGAUGGAAUUUGGUGCUUUCCCUGUUGAGAAAGACUUUGUUGUGUUGAAGGGGUGGUGAAACUUUAUUUUGUUUCGGUAAUUCCAUCUUUUCCAUGGCAAUAUUUUUCCUGCAGUUGGAACAUAUUGCGAUCCUGCUUCAAUUGAAGUUUUACAGGACUCCUUGAGAAUUUUUACCAUUUUCCCUCCCUUUGUUUGACACCGUCAUCUUGGCUUUGAUGUGUUAUUUCCAAUUACAUUCAGUAACGACUCCGAUUUGUUAGCGAUGACUUGCGCUUGUGAAGGUGCAUGGAAAGUUGGACCCGUACGAAAUGGUCUAAUGUUGUCAUUGACCAUUUAAACAUAUUGGUCCUAAGACUGCAAAUAAAUCAGACGGUUGGUUCAUUGGUAA